UCCUCGAAGAUACGGGCAGAAAUAUGUCUGUAAACAAAUUUACUGGCUGUGGGGAUGUCACAGUUAUCGGUAGAAAUGUAGCGAUACAAAAAUAAGGCUUUUUUUCUUGUAAAAUCACACCAACGCAACAAUGAUCGUAGAUAUGCUUGACUGUAAUCACCUGUUACACCCACAAUGGAUACAUGCUACUUCCGUACACUUUUGGCAUUCGAGACAUAGCAAUGGAUGGUCGAUACAAUCGCGCCGGAUUAUGGAUAUAAACUGCCAGCUGCGCAUGUCUGAAUUUGAUUAUGUUAGUCUGACAUGGCAUGCUACGUCAUCCACUACGGGCUUUGUUUAGGAAAUAAUGCACGUGCAUAGAAUUUCCUUACCGUUGUCAACCGUGACAAACGGCAGCAAGGUUGAUUUAAUUCACUUUAUUUUAAUUUAACAGAACAAUAAUACUAUUUAUUUGUCAUAUGAAACGUGUAAGCGUUUAUUGUUGUGAUGAAUGAUAUUAACUUACCAGGUAGUGACAGUUUCCUACUUACACAUAUAAUCGGCUAUCAUUCGUUAAUGUAGCCGAUUAACGGUUAAAUGUUAAUAAUGGCGGUCCUCUCCUCCCUGCUGUGUUCGGCUCCGCGUCUCUUUACACCAUCUCGGUUUCGUUUUUGGGAUCUCGUCGUUUGCAGACGGAUAACAUGGCUCUCCGUGUCCGUCCAACGUUGUUACACGUCGGACUCUUCAAACUCAGCAGUUGAUCAUCUCAGUUCUGGACUUGAGAAGUACAAGGACUUGCAGAAGUAUUUCAAUAGGAGACUAAAGGCAACAUACCGCAAGUUCUCCAACAUACCUGAUCAAUCAGUGAUCUUUGGACGUCAUCAUGUGUAUUUUAUUGAGGAGGAUGGCAUCUACAGAAUGGACCAGAGACAAAGGGAGCCAGUGCCGGAGCAGGUGCUUAAUCUAGGACAAGUCUCUGAACAGGAGGAGAAGGCAGGAUUUAUUAAUGAAGUGGGGAAUCUGAGGAUUCAGUGGACUGUCCAGAGAAUACGUCUGUCCCCGCAGGAAAAGCAUCUAGCUACUACACUAAAAAAUUCAUACAGAGGAGAGCUGAGGUGUGUGCUUGUGAGGCUUGGAAAGAGAAAUCGCUCUGUGGAUCCCCCACAUGUCAUAUUUACACUGGACAAAGUCUUCAGCUUUGAGUGGGCCACAGACGAGGUCCUGUAUUACACGACCCUGGAGGGUCUACGCUGCAGCAGAGUGUUUUGUCUGGACCUGACCUCCAGUGCAAGCAGGAUAACUUCUGUGUAUGAGGAAACACAUCCUGAUGUGUUUGUGGAGGUUGCCCUUUCCAGAGACCGGCAGAUAUUGAGCAUCAACAGCAACAGCAGGACCAGCUCCGAGGUGCUAAUAAUUGAUAGAACAACAUCCCAUUUAAAGCCUUUCCUGGUUCAGCCACGCCAGUUAGACCUCUUGUACCAUGUGGAGCACUGGAGAAAGUGUCUGAUUAUCCUGGCUAAUACAGGGCCUGGACAAGAAUAUCAGGUGGUACAGGCCCCACUCUCUGAGCCUUCCAUGGUCUCCUGGGUGCCUUUGUUUGUCCCUGGCUCGGGCACUACAGUCAAAGACAUGGAUGUGGUUGGAAACCACUGUGUGUUGGUUGCGAGAACACCCGCCGGUGAACUUGUCCUAAUUGGGGUCCCGCUGACCCAUCCCAAGGAGUCAUACACUGUACAGCUCCCCUCCUGGGCCUGUGCCAUCCAAACCAAGAAACCAGACAUGGCAGCCCAACGCAACGUGUUAGAGUUCUCGAUUUCAUCUCCAGUCCACUUCCCAAUACCCUGCAGUCUAAACCCUGAGGAUGGGCUACUUUUAUCAGGAACUGAAGAUGGGUCCUCCCGAGAGAACCAGAGCAAUUACACCACCACACGCUUAGAGGCCUGCAGCCAAGAUGGUACUUUAGUGCCAGUGACACUGUUUCAUUCAGGACCUGUGGAGGUCUUGAGUCUGGCCCCACUCCUGGUCCAUGUCUACGGAGCUUAUGGUAGAGAUCUCAGCAUGGAGUUCUGCCCAGAGAAAAGGUUCCUGCUGGAGCAGGGCUGGGCUCUGGCAUACUGCCACAUCAGAGGUGGAGGAGAGCGGGGUCUGUCCUGGCAAAGACAAGCUCGCAUGGACAGUAAGCAGAGAGGAGUGGAGGACCUCGAAGCCUGUCUCCGUCACCUUUUCUCUUUAGGAGUCUCCUGUCCUCCACUUACUGCCCUAACAGCCUGCAGUGCCGGGGCAGUGCCAGUUGGAGCACUGUGCAACAGACACCCCCACAUGAUGCGGGCUGUCACACUGCAGGCUCCUUUCCUGGAUGUGUUGGAAACUAUGGAGGAUCCCAGCCUGCCUCUAACUUUGGAGGAUAGAGAGGAGUGGGGGGACCCAGUAGGAAACCCAAAACAUAGACUCACCAUCUCCUCCUACUGUCCCCUUCACAACAUUACCCCUCAGCGCUACCCAUCGUUUCUGCUGACGGCCUACAACUGUGAUGCCAGGGUUCCUCUGGCAGGUGUCCUAAAAUACACGGAGCAACUAAAAAACGCCAUUCACACACACCUCACCAUGAAACCAAAGUCAGAAUGUGAACCAGCACCAAAUGUAGUUCUGAAUAUCCAACCAGGAGCAAAUCACCUCGGACCAGAAGACUUUGAGCAGAUGUUGGAGGAGGAAGCCCUCACACUAGCAUUCCUCUACACAGAGCUGGGCCUGGACCCUCCACGGCCUCCACGCAAGAGGAGGAGAUAGCACAUCUUUCCAGGAGGCACUCUGGAAUCAAACAAGAAUGACCCAAACAUGAACCAUUACAGCAUGGACGACAAUGAAGACACAAUGCUGCCAAAAUCCUUAAAAAUCCCAGUGGAAGAAAAGACAUCAACAGUGAAUGUAUCUGCAAUGGUUCUCUUU